UCUUAUUAGGAUAAACACACAUCACAUUCAUUUUUGACACUACGAUUUUAUCUGCAGUUUUACAAAAUAGACGUGGCAUGGACUGUUGCCAAGUCUGUUCAAAAUAAUUUUAUAUUGUGAUUUUCUCAAUAUUUUAGCUGUAAUUUGGGCUUUUUUUGUAUUUUCCUCUUCAAAAGUCACCCGAAAAUUCUCUUAAAUUUUUUGUAUCCCCAAAAAAUCUUCCAGUAAGAAGAAAAAAACCUUCAAAUCUGGUAGAAAUUCUACUAAACAACACUAAAAAUAAUACAUCAUGCACAUCAUACGUGAAAUAGAACACACCCUUAGAUAGCCAAUCAGACAACCAUAUUGAAAAAUAAUGGCGGUGACGACUAACCUAACCGAUUCAACGACGCCUUUGAUUCUCUAGGAUCUCUAGGAUUCCAUUCCCGUAGUAGUAUUUUGCUGGCAGAAUUUGUUAAUUUGUUUUCGUACUUGUAGACGACAAUGGCUAACCAUUACGAGGUUCCAAACUGGGCUGGUAAGCCACCAGUGGGGUUGCAUCUGGACGUGUUAAAGAAUGACAAGUUGAUACAGAAACUCAUGGUGGAUGAAAAGAAGUGUUAUCUAUUUGGCCGCAAUCAACAGCUGAAUGACUUCUGCAUUGAUCACGCAUCUUGUUCUCGCGUUCAUGCGGCUCUCGUUUAUCACAAGCAUCUGAAUCGAGCAUUUUUGGUUGAUCUGGGAAGUACACAUGGAACCUUUAUCGGAAAUCUACGUUUAGAAGCACAUAAACCGACUCAGUUACCAAUUGACAGUACAUUUCACUUUGGGGCAUCUACUCGAUAUUACAUAAUAAGGGAAAGACCUCAAACUGGUGCUCGACCUAUCAUUGAAGAAUUGGAGAAAUUAUCCGAAGAUAUGGACGCUGGUGGUUUGCUGGGAUUGCCAGAAACAGAAACAGAAUUAGAUAAUUUAACAGAAUUUAACACAGCUCAUAAUCGACGGAUCUCUAUGCUUGGCAUAACAGAUGACGAAAUGCAUAAACCAACGCGUAAACGAAAGAAGAAGGGAAUCACCUUCAAUGACGACGAAGAAGUAAUCAAUCCGGAAGAUGUUGAUCCCUCAGUCGGAAGAUUUCGUAAUCUUGUACAAACGACAGUUGUUCCUAGUAAGAGAAUGCGUAUGGAAGGCGGUCUUAUAUCCUUGGCGGAAGAUCACAAUCUUCUGAAGCACAUGCAACCCACGUCUACUACUCCGCAACUCUACCACGAUUUACCUCCCGAGCAGUUUACGCCGUCUUCGAUGUCUUCGAUAAAUCCAUUUUCUACGGCUCUUACAUCGCGGCUUGGCAUCGCACUACCUAACCCAGCACCCGAGGUGGAAAUGACGCCGAAUCAGAUACAGACCGAAGUGCAGCAUGUGCAAGAGCACAUACCAGGUACGACGGAGCCGCGAGUAAUGGAACCGAAGAAGAAGAAAUACGCCAAAGAGGCAUGGCCUGGGAAAAAACCGAUACCAACGCUGCUUGUAUAAUAGGACAAAUUACUCAUAUGUAUAAU